CGUCACCUGCUUCUCGAGUGUUCUUCCUGCCAAAGACAGCACAUUGUGGUGGCAAAGGGUGUGGACGAGAGCUCAGGCCAGAGGUCUCCCGUGAUGGCCGGUGGACUGUUCGCCGUGGACCGGAAGUGGUUCUGGGAGUUGGGCGGGUACGACCCAGGCCUGGAGAUCUGGGGAGGGGAGCAGUACGAGAUCUCGUUCAAGGUGUGGAUGUGUGGGGGCCGCAUGGAGGACAUCCCCUGCUCCAGGGUGGGCCACAUCUACAGGAAGUACGUGCCCUACAAGGUCCCCGCCGGAGUCAGCCUGGCCCGGAACCUCAAGCGAGUGGCAGAGGUGUGGAUGGACGAGUAUGCCGAGUACAUCUACCAGCGCCGGCCGGAGUACCGCCACCUCUCGGCCGGGGACGUGGCCGCCCAGAAGAGGCUGCGCAGUUCCCUCAAUUGCAAGAGCUUCCGGUGGUUCAUGACCCAGAUCGCCUGGGACCUGCCCAAGUUCUACCCGCCUGUGGAGCCCCCAGCCGCCGCGUGGGGGGAGAUCCGCAAUGUGGGCACGGGGCUGUGUGCGGACACGAAGCACGGGGCCUUGGGCUCCCCGCUGAGGCUGGAGGGCUGUGUCCGGGGCCGCGGGGAGGCCGCCUGGAACAGCAUGCAGGUGUUCACCUUCACCUGGAGAGAGGACAUCCGGCCUGGGGACCCCCAGCACACCAAGAAGUUCUGCUUCGACGCCGUCUCCCACACCAGCCCGGUCACGCUCUAUGACUGCCACAGCAUGAAGGGAAACCAGCUAUGGAAGUACCGCCAAGACAAGACCCUGUUCCACCCGGUCAGCGGCAGCUGCAUGGACUGCAGUGAGAGUGACCAUAGGGUCUUCAUGAACACCUGCAACCCCUCUUCUCCCACCCAGCAGUGGCUGUUCGAACACACCAACUCAACAGUCUUGGAGAAUUUUAAUAGAAACUGAGCCCUCCUGUCCCCUUGGCAGGCCCAGCGGGGUCUCCUCUGAAAUCGCUGCAGCCUCCUCUCCCAAGGGAGGCAGGCUUCCGUGGGCACCGUGGGUAAAAGGUGCCAGCCAAAUGGUGCAGGGAGGAGAGGGCCCCUGA